AUGGGAGUUUCCGGGACCUUCACAACUCCGUUUUUCCCGGCCAACUAUCCUAAUAACUUAAACUGUGUAUGGACAAUCAACGUUCCACCAGGAAAUAGAUUCGUCCUUUCCUUUCCGCCGGAUUUCGCUCUUGGUUCAGGGUGAGUCAUUGUUUCUUCCAAAACCCCUGGAACAGGCUACUUAAGUCAAAUGAAGACCUUGUUAGCAAAAUUCGAAGCGGCACCUUUACAUACCUUUUGUCAAGGUAAAAUAUGUAAGACUAACGAAAGCUGUUUCAAAAAAUAUAUUGCGAAGUUAAUUUCAGGAUAGUUCAACAAGCAAUACAUUUUUAUUUACAGUGCGGCGAGAUAGGAAUGAAAGCACUUGUUAUUCAGUAAUACCAAAGGAAGAUUUUGCGCGGAUUUUUAUAAAUCGAAUAGAUUGAACUAAUAAUUUUGGAGGCCUUUGGAACUCAAUGCCAUGUUUUUCCCUUAUAUAUUGCACAAAGCUCGCUCGAAUCAAGCACAGAAGUUUGAUUCAUUUUAUGACACGUAUAUGGCAUUAUGCUUGUAACCUUACUUCAAAUGUCAAUUAUCUACUUAUUUGUUUUUCUCAGAGACUCUUUUACUUUUUCCGUUGGUGCCAGUACCUUUACUAUUACCGACGCCGGUUUCCCAAGUGGAGGAGACGACGAUGAACCGUCAUAUUAUGACGAGUUUGUUAACCAAGACAAUGGCAAUUUUUAUGAUUAUUUAAAUAAACGCCGUUUUUAUUACUACUAUGACGGAAGACGUCGAAGAGAUGAUGAUGAUGGUCCCAUUUCUGUCCGAUCGAGGAGCCGCCAGGUAGUGAUCCAAGGCUCAAACCAACCGAUAAUGGUCCAGUUCAUCAGCGACUCCAGUGGAACCGCACCAGGAAUUAGUGUUGCCUUCAGAGAUGAAAGAUCUCCAGGUUAGCUUCUACUCUUAUAGAGAUUUUCUCUUUAUUAAUUGUACUGUUCUGCAUCGUGUUGCAUGGGUUGUUUUCUCGUGUAAUACUGCAGUGUCGCCCGGCAGUGCUAUUAGAGCUCUUAAGUUAGGCGGAAAAUAAAACGUAACUAUGUUCUCGGCCGUUUGCUUGGUUUAAACCUUGGCUAGAAAUUAGUUGCUGUAUUCUUAGUAAAAAUACAUCAGCACACAGAAGGGCUUUGAGGAGGCACUUUUAAAACUGCUCUCGCGUUUCCAUUUAUAAAAUAGCACACCCGGCCAGCCAUAGUUGGGGGUCCAGCAAGGGAAUCCAGGGAAAGGAACCUUAGGUACUCUAAUUCACACCCUGAUCCCAACAUUCAUAGCGGAGCUUUAGGACAGCGGAGCACUAUGGGUAAGAAAGUUUGGUUAUCCGUGUAUCCGAGAAAUUUUGGUAGUCACGUCCGAACCACAGGACAACCAAUGUGACAUGACCUUUUUUACUUUGGGUGGAGCCUGCAACCGGUGUAUAACUUGGCUACCCAGACUUUUAAAGAGAAAAAACAACAUCAAAGCCGAGUCUUUUCUUUUUCGACUAAAUCUUAAUGUCUACGCUGACAUGGAUAACAGAGAAAGAGCUGGAGCGAGAGAUAAAAAACAAAGCAGACGAAUUUCGUUAGAGACACAAUAUGAAAAUUUUAAAGCGGUCAGGGUGAGAAAAUGAGAAAUGUUGGUAUCCAGUGAGGUGAAAAUGAGGGGCAGUGAAAAAGAAAGCGAACAGCAACACAAGCAACAGAAUUUUUAGUCAGAACACACGACACUUCUUCAGUAAAACAUGUAAAUAGAAAGUUUCACCUUGCAGUUGUGCAAAACAACGACAGAUGUACAAAAAAGUGUGCUGCACGUGCAACGUCGUUUUUUAUUGCUAAUAAGACCCAUUGUUUUUCUUUGUUUUUCCCUUCUCGUUGCCUUCGCCUUUUAGCAGCAAAGGAUUUUAUUUUGGGCGAGUAGACUAUUAGUGUAGUAACGAGAGCUUCGCUUUUAGCCCUGGCUAAAUAGUAUAUAUUAGACCGGAGGGUUAUGUAAAAAAGUACUCAGCCAAACACUUUGAAUUUGGAGUAACUGACACCAAAGAAACUUAAAUCUUAUGUUGCAAGUUGCCUGUCAAUUAACUAUUUGACUUGCUCAAAUAGACAAUUCUGAACAAAAUUAUUUUCAAUUUUGAAUACAAGACUUAAAAGGAUGGAAAGUACUGGCUGCAAUACCAAAAGUCCCUGCAUCUGCUCAUGUACCCUUAGUAAGUUCAUGAAUACAUGGUCGCACUGCUACUUACGGCUAAUUACCGACCCUACAGGAGGACAUGAUAGAAACUGUAAGGAUCGUCAAAUAGGGGACGACUAAAUUCUGUAUACCCAACUUUCAACGUAGAAACAGUGCAUGAAGAAUGGGAACGCUGUCUCCCGGAUAUGGAGAUUCUAUCUUUCCCACCUAUUAAAAAAUGAUAAAACUGGUUUUUAGCGCAAGCGCGCUUAGCGAACAUUCAAUAAUCUUGAGAAAGUGCACCCCGGAUAGUUAAUAGUUAGCAUUAAAUUUGGAUGCAAAUAUCCUUGAUAAUCCCAUUUUAAUUGCAUUUCUUUCUUAAUUUGCAGAUACAGAUACAUCUGGUGAGAGUGGUGGUGAGAGCUCGGAUGAGGAAGAGUUGUAA